GAGGCGAGGGAGGGAGGGGGAGGUGAAUGAGGAAGCAAGAAAGCAGAAGAGGUGACUCAGUGGUCUGGCAAGGCACAACGUCCAGAGCGGUCGGCAGCUGCGGUGGUCAGAGACACAGAGGAGUCGCCAUGGCCUUCACCCUCCACCUUCUACUGCUCCACCUUGCUGUGGCGUUGACCGAUGGCGGCAAGGACCACCGGGUGGAUCAGCCGCGACGGGUAUACGGAGUGGAAGGGGGGUCUGUCACCCUGCCCUGCAACUUCUCGUACCCGGCCCACCUCAGGCCCCGAGGCUUUGACGUCGCUUGGAGGUACGGGAACUUUCACGGGCCGUUUAUCUUCAACCUUACGCAAGCCUUCACUGACAGCCUCUACAAGGGCCGGAUCACAUUGCUGGGCUUCCCCAUCCGAGACCACACCGCCUCCAUCCGCUUGGACAACCUGAGAAGAAGAGACUCAGGCAGGUACUACUGCCGGGUCGGGAUCCUCGGUAUCGAUGCUUGGCAGAGCCUUACAGGAACUCUUCUGUCAUUUGGAGUGAAGCCCAGCGUCCCGGUGACUGUCAAAAGCACCACCUCCACAGUGAGGGCCAACUUCCCGGUGACUGUCGGAAGCACCACCCCCGGGGAACCUACACCCUGGCGACCAUUCGUUGCAGGGGGCUGUGGCCUGGUGUUGCUGCUGCUGCUUAUUGCUGGGGUGGUCAUCUGCAUCCGUCAGAGGGAGAGAAGGAGGAAAGGGCCCUCUCGCCGAGACGAUGGAACUCCGACGUCGGAUCGGGUGAACAACCUCAGCGGCCCGGCCCUCCGAAUCGGCCACCUCCCACCGGAGACCGCGGCUCCCGCAGGCCGCAGGGCCGAGAUUCACGCGGGCGGCCCUCGGCGAGAGGCCCCAGGACUCCGCGAUGUUGAGGUCAGCGCCGCCCGCGCUGGGAGCUCCCCGGACCUCAGCUCCGCGAUGUCGAAGCAGCAGACCCAGCACUCCCGAGCUCCAGACGCUGCUGGUGUUCGUGACAAACAUUCCCCUAGCAUGCCUGCUUCUAAGGGCAACGUAUCGGAAGAGAUUGUCUACUCUACUGUAAGGGUGAAGGAUGGAUCGGGACCACGCAACGUGUCCCAACCUGAGCCAGAUCUUUUGUACGCAGCAGUUAGAUUUUCACCGAACCAGAGUUGACUGCCCGCUUGCCCGUGACCUGGAGUCUAUAUUAGUCGAGAUGUGGUUUAGUUUAGAGAUACAGCGUAGAAACAGGCCACUCGGCCCAUCGGAUCUGUCCCGACCAGCGAUCCCUGCACGCUAACAGCAACCCACACACACACACACACACACACACACACACUCACACGC